AUGGCAGAUUUUGCUGAAAUUGAUGAUGCCAAAGAAAAGAUUUUACGAAUUAUUGGAAGCAGCUUCAAGUUUACAUUUACGUCAUCGAAUAAACUUCCUGCCUAUUAUAAUAAUUCAAUUGUGAUGCGAGAUUCGGAACAAACUAAACGAAAUAAAACGCUCACGUUGAUUCGAUCGGAAUCAGUUGUAAAGCGUCAAAUUUUUCGACGAUCAAUCAAAAAAGUCACACAAUUGACUGAAACUAAUUUUACUGGUAGUAUCCUGAAUUCAGACUUGGCAGCAUGUAAAAAUGUGACAACACUUUGCAGUAAUGAAUCGAAGUCACGCAUCCCAAUAUGCGAUAAUACAAACCAAACGCAUGCGAGCGCAUGCUCUCUUGCCUUAUUUAACUGCAGACAAAUACAUUUACAUAAUGCACGUUUAAGGGUUUUAGUACACGUUGGAGCGUGUCACAGUUAUUCACCUGUAUUCACAUUACGGCAAGAAGUAUCAAAUCUUUGCUUAAAUUAA